AUGGGUGGAGAGGCUCACCUAAGAGCUCCUCAAAGCUCUUAUCCGAAGCUGGUCGAGCGCCCCGUGGGCCAGCAUAUUAAGAGCAUCUACCUGAACAGGCUGCGCCAGUUCACCGACGAGGGCUUGUACAAGAACGAUGGGCUUGCAGGCAAGUACCACGAUGCCAUAGUCUCGGACGAGAGCCAUGUCAAGCUAUAUGUCUACUCCCCACCGGACUUAUCGCGACCAACCUUUGAGGAGGCAACGUCGCACGAAUUCAAGCCAACCAGCGUCGGCAAUGCCUUUGGGCCCAGUUGGGCCACGCAUUGGUUCAGAAUCCACUUGACAGUACCCCAAGAUUUACGGAAGAAAGAGGGACUGGAAUUUCACUGGGAUGCUGGCAACGAAGGCUUGGUCUGGACCGAGGAUGGCCACCCGUUACAGGGCUUAACCGGUGGCGGCGAACGCAUCGAAUGGAUCAUCCCGGAUAGCUUCCGUGAUGGCAAAGAGCAUGUCUUUUACAUUGAAAUGGCUUGCAACGGAAUGUUCGGAAACGGCAAUGGCAGCUCUAAUGCGCCUCCUGAUAUGAACCGAUAUUUCACUCUGUCCAAGGCCCAGAUUGUCGCGGUCAAUUUGGAGGCUAGGGCAUUGUACUAUGAUUUUUGGAUUAUUGGCGAUGCCGCAAGGGAAUUUCCACAAGACUCUUGGGAACAGCAUGAAGCGCUCAUGGUCGGAAAUGCUAUUAUGGAUGCUUUCAUCGCAGGCGGUGGGAGCCAGGAGUCCAUCAAGGAGGCUCGCAAGGUCGCUCAGCGAUAUCUGGGCGAUAAAGUUGACUCACACAAGGUAUACGACACAGGGACUGAGGCCAUUGUCUAUGCGAUCGGACACUGUCACAUUGACACCUGCUGGCUGUGGCCAUUUGCAGAGACUAAGCGCAAGGUCGCUAGGUCUUGGUCAAACCAGUGCGACUUGAUGGAUCGUUAUCCGGAGCACCGUUUCACGUGUUCUCAGGCUCAGCAAUACAAAUGGCUCAAAACAUAUUAUCCAUCUGUUUUUGAUCGUGUGAAAAGCCAUGUCAAGGAAGGGCGCUUUCAACCCAUCGGUGGUAGCUGGGUUGAACACGACACCAAUAUUCCCAGCGGCGAGUCUCUCGUGAGACAGUUCUUGUAUGGACAGCGCUUAUUCGAGAGCAACUUCGGUGAAAGAUGCCGCACAUUCUGGCUGCCUGAUACCUUUGGAUACUCUUCUCAGCUACCACAGCUAUGCCAACUAGCUGGUAUGAAACGAUUCUUUACUCAGAAACUAAGCUGGAAUAACAUCAACAAUUUCCCUCACACAACCUUUAACUGGGUGGCUCUCGAUGGUAGUCAGGUUAUUUGCCAUAUGACACCCGCUGAGACGUAUACUGCGUCCGCCCACUUUGGCGAUGUGAGGCGAAGCAUCACUCAACACAAGUCCUUAGAUCAAGACAAAACAUCGCUCCUGGUUUUUGGCAAGGGAGAUGGAGGCGGUGGUCCGACCUUCGAGCACCUGGAGAAACUACGUCGAUGCCGUGGUCUAUCUGACAAGGUUGGCUUGCUCCCUCGAGUCAAAAUGAACACUUCUGUGGAUGAAUUCUUCGACCAGCUAGAAGACAAGGUCGCAAAAGGCGUGAACUUUACCACCUGGUAUGGUGAACUCUACUUUGAGCUGCACCGUGGUACCUACACCACCCAGGCCAAUAAUAAGCGAAACAAUCGAACAUCCGAGUUUUUACUUCGCGAAAUAGAGUUUCUCGCAACACUUGCCAGUCUCGAGACUGCCAACAGCAAGUACAAAUAUCCCAAAGAAGACAUUGACAACAUGUGGGAGUCAGUUUUGCUCUGCCAAUUCCAUGACUGUUUGCCCGGUAGCUCCAUUGAGAUGUGUUAUCGUGAUACGGAUGAGAUAUAUGCUGAAGUCUUUGCUACCGGACAGAAGCUUAAGCGAGAAGCUCUACAAGCUCUUGGUAUUUCUGAGCCUAAAUCUAAGGGAGAUGCCAGGUUCUUAAAUACUUUGCCAUGGUAUCGUCAGGAAAUUGUUAAGAUUCCUGAGGAGGUCUCCGACACCAAAGGUUCAAGCUAUGCUUUAGCGAGUGGCCAUCCUGGAAUAAUGGCAACCCAAAAACUCCAUCCUACAGCACUGCCACAGGUUUCUGUCAAAGAAGUAAGGGCAGGGGUUUUCCGUCUGGCCAAUGACAAAUUGAGAGUUGACAUUCAGCAUGGUGUAAUCAUCUCGCUGUACGAUGUCGAAGCUGAGCGAGAAGUCAUCUCCCGAGGAGGAAAAGCCGGUCAACUCGUUAUUUUUGAUGACAAACCUUUGAACUGGCAAGCCUGGGAUGUGGAAGUUUUCCAUCUCGACUCACGCAAGGAGCUCAAGGCUGGAACCACCUCCAUUGCUGAGAAUUCUCCCCACUGCGUUAGUGUCGUGACCGAAACUCGAAUUAGUGAGAACAGUUGGAUCAAGACUACCAUAAGCCUGAAAGCGUCUUUGGUCGAUGGGCCUUCGCUUGUCGAGUUCGAGAGCGAAGUAGAAUGGCGCGAAAACAAAAAGUUCCUCAAGGUUGAGUUCCCUGUAGAUAUUCGCAACACCGAAGCGUCAUACGAAACCCAAUACGGUAUCAUUCGUCGCCCGACGCAUUAUAACACCAGCUGGGAUAUGGCCAAGUUUGAGGUUUGCUCGCACAAAUGGGCGGAUCUCUCUGAGUACGGCUACGGCGUAUCGAUUCUAAACGAUUCCAAAUAUGGAUUUGCCACUGUCGGUAACCUGAUGCGACUGUCACUGCUCAGGUCACCUAAGGCUCCUGAUGGACAUGCCGACAUGGGCCGUCAUCAUAUUCGCUAUGCUAUACUGCCACACAGCGGACCUCUCGAUCACCGCACCAUUCGCACCGCCUAUAAUUUUAAUCAACCCUUGACGGCUGUUUCAGCGCCCCUGUAUCAAGGAUCGGAAUGGGGCGAAAUCGAAUCCGAUAGACUCAAGGCAAUAAGACUCUCCGGGUCGGAAUCUUUGGUUCUGGAUACUAUAAAACGAGGCGAAGAUGAUGAGGAUGUGUCACGCGGCGAGCUUCCCAAACGAAGUGGCCGAAGUGUUAUUGUGCGCAUCUACGAAUCCCUAGGUGGCAAGAGUCGUGGCAGGAUCGAAACCACUUUGCCUGUCAAGAAAGUCUGGAAGACGAAUAUUUUGGAAGAUGACGAAGCCGAGUUCCCAAUCAAUGUCCUUCGGAACCAAAACCACGUUGAUAUUGAAUUGAGACCGUUUGAGGUAGCUACGUACAGAUUGCAGCUGUAG